AUGGCAGCCUUUCGACUGCUUGGCUUUGCUGCAGCUGAGCUUGCAGCAGGCUGGACGGGCACACGUCGUCGGCUGCACCGCUCUGAGACAGGCGCCCGCUCGCUCUUCCAAGGCAGGAAGGGUGGUGACCAGAGCGAGAGUCUUGUCGAGAUCCACGAAUCGCUCGUCCUCCAGCGCUCUUUCGCUCAGCUCGUCAUCUUCGCUCGGGAUAAACGCUCGCUGCCGCAGCCACGCUCAACGCUACUCCUGCUUAAAAACGUCGACAACGUCCUAGACACCCGUUCGGAUCCAUCAGCAUGUCUGUCGAGUGCGUACAUCCAUCUAUCCUGCCGCUUGCGUCCUUGUCGCUCUCAGCCGCACAGAGUGCUUCCUGUCCAACUCAGCCCCCACGUCCAGCUGGGCUUCCCUCGCCCCCUGACGCAGCUGGUCAAGCGCACGCUCACCGUGUCCAACCCCAACAACCAGCCGGUCGCCUUCAAGGUGAAGACCACGGCGCCCAAGCAGUAUUGCGUGCGCCCCAACUCGGGCCGCAUCGAGCCCGGCGAGAAGGUGGAGGUGCAGGUGCUGCUGCAGCCCAUGAAGGAGGAGCCCCCCUCGUCGGCGAAAUGCCGAGACAAGUUCCUGGUGCAGUCGACGAUCAUCACGCCCGACUUUGAGACGGCCUCGCUGCAGGAGAUCUGGCCGGUGAUCGAAAAGGAGAACAAGUCGGCGAUCCACGAGCAGAAGAUCCGCUGCGCCUACCUGCCCGCCACCACUGCGCCGCUGCAGGAGGAGGACGAGGGCAACACGAGCCAGCUCAACGGCGACGAGCGCUACACGACGGUGCGCGGCGCACCCAGCAAGCUCAACGGCGACGAGAGCUACUCGUCGCAAACGUACAACCCGAUCGCAGCUGCGCAGAACGCCAGCGCCAACACGGACGGCUCUGCGGCUGCAAAAGCGCGCGAGGCUGCGCUGGCUGCGGGCGGUGCGGCGGCUGCGGGUGCGGGUGCGGCGGUGGCUGCCGCGCGCAACGCCGGCUCGGGCGCGGUCAACGGCGCCACGGCCGCCAACCGCGACACGUCGAGCCUGUCGCAGUCGGAGCUGCAGGCCGAGGUGGCACGCCUCAGGAAGGAGCUCGACCAGGCCAAGCGCGCCGGCGGCUCGGGCAACACGCAGGUCGCCAGCGCAGACGGCGUGCCCGUCCACAUUGUCGCCGCCAUCGCAUUUGCCGUGUUUGCGAUUACGUAUGUCAUGUUCUAG